UGGAUCUGGCGCAGCUGGCCAAGGCCCAGGUCGAGGUCCAGGCCCUGGUCGACCGAGCUGCUGAUCUGUUGGGGCAGAUGCGAUACCAAGAGGCCCUGCUCGAGAUUGACCGCAUCAAGGACGUCUGGACCCUGUGGGAUCUGCGACCGGUUGUCGAUGCGUGCUGCCACCGGAACUGUGCCCGGAUCUAUCUGAGGUGGUUCCUCGACCUCGGCAACCGGGACGGCAACCAGAACAGCAACCGGGACGGCAACCAGAGCAGCAACCAGAGCAACCGGGACGACGCUGCGGCCCUGGCCAGCUCGGACCCAAGACACUCUGGCGAGUCGCCGCUGAAGCGAAUCAAGAUAUUCAACUGCCAAGAGGAUCCUGCCGUCGCGGCACACCGCGAGCAUCUGCUGCAGCAAGCGCUGGUGCAGUCCCGCUGUGCCUUGGAGAAGCGCAAGCAUCAAUGCAUGGGCCAUCUGCUGCGAGCAGCCAGCGAGUGGGCGCUGGCACUCUUCUCAACCACAGACACCUCUGAACAAACCAUCGAGCGCCUCCAAGAUGCCGAGGCAACGCUUCGCCAAGCCAAAUGGCCCGCGAGGACCUCGGGCGAUCGCCAGGCCUUUGUCGAGUGCUUGGAUGGCAUCCUGCUCUCUGAGCGCGCAGGAUCGAUCGAACUGUGGAGUCGCUGGGGCCAGCGAUGGAUCCAGGCUCUGGAACCGGUCGAGCUGAUCGGAGCCUUCCGUGCGGACGACAGUCAACACAGCGGACAGGAGGAGGCCGCAGGUUCAAGUGCAAGUGCAAGUGCAGGUGCAGGUGCAAGCGCAAGUGCAAGUGCAAGUGCAGGUGCAAGUGCAGGUGCAAGUCGACGCCGCAGUCCGCACAAGCAAAGGCAGCCGCAUGAGCAUGGCAGUCUGAAGCAGAGACAUGGAUCGGAUGCCUCUUCAGCAGCACAGGCCGCUGAGGGGCCGGCUGAGCGGCCCGAGCGGCCCGAGAGCGAUGCCGACAUGGAAUCGGUCGGCGAGAGCGACGACAUGGUCGAGGACUCUGAAGGCAGCGGCCCUGGCGACUCUGACACCUCCGAAGGCUCUGACGAACCCAAUGGCUCUGACACCUCCGAAGGCUCUGACGACUCUGACGACUCUGAUAGCGACGAUGGGAUGUGGAGGACCACGCACUCGCUUGGCAAGAGCGAUCCAGAUGCGUCAGAGGUGUGGCCGCAUCUGACCAACGUGAAGCCAUCGAGGGUCUUCAAGGGACAUCAAAGUUGUCGGACGACCAAGGAUGUCAACUUUUAUGGAGCAUCGGAUCGAUACGUGGUCUCGGGAUCGGACGACGGAUACGCCUUCAUCUGGGACAAGAGGAGCACCAGGCUCGUGCAGCUGCUUGCAGGCGACUCGGAGGUCGUCAAUGUCAUCCAGGGCCAUCCGCACGCUCCCGUCAUAGCCGUCAGCGGCAUCGACAGCACCAUCAAGAUCUUUGAGCCCAUCUACCCAAACAACCGGCUGUGGAGCUUGGACAUGGAUGCCUUGGAGGCGGCCCAGCAGGAGGCGGGACUGGCGACGGGCAGCUGGCUUCCAGACUCCCACCUGAACCGAGACGUGCAGCCCCGUCCUACUCGAAGCGGCUGGACACGGACUCGGUGGGCGACCACGGCUCGUCCUCGGAUGGGGUCGAGUCGGAAACGACACCCGCUCAGUUCCCGCCAACCGACGUCACCACUACCCCGGCGCUGCCGCCGAGCUCGUCGCUCAUGA